UAUCUUUUCCUCAUGAGGUUGGCAGUGCUUGACUAGCAGCAGCCCCCUGUAUGCCUUUUUUUCCUCCCACUGUGUGUUGCUGCUGCAACAAUGUCUUACCUGUGUGAGUGGCACCACACGUCCAAGCAGAGUUGAGAGACAGAGGAAUCAGAGGACACCUGUGCCUGCUUUUUCCUCAUCUGGAUGGGAAGCUUUUUUGGGGAAGAGAGCGAGAAGAGAGCAGAAGGCAGCCGGGGAAGGGGAACAACUGGCACUAGCCAAUCCCCCUUUCCGCACAUUAACUGGAGACAACGGAGGCCACUGGAGUAUUUGCUUUUAUCUUUCGUUUUCUUUUCUUUUUUUUUCUCAUCGCGCUGCUGGGAGUUGCUUUGUCUGUUCAUUUGCUGGCUCUCUCAGUUCUCUGUCUUCUUAUCUAUUUUGCCAUUUAUCUGGUCAACAAUUUUUUCUAUUUAUGAGCCAGACAAGGAGGGAGAGAGAAAAGAAAGAAGAAAGGGGAAGGGGAUUUUUUUUGCCCCUUUUUUCCAUUUUUUUUAAUCACUCUUCAUGAAUUCGUUCUCCCCUCUCAAUUGCUUUCACCUCGAGCCCUUUCUUUCCCUGUGCAGCUCACGCUCCCUCCUCCCUUCACUGCCUCCUCCUCUCUACGCCACUCAUUGUCCACUCAUAACUUUGGCUACUUUUUGAAUCCACCAAAUGUGCUAAUUCCUUGAUCUCACGAUGAAGACAUUUUAAUUGGCUCCCCUCUCUUUUCUACUUUUUUACUUUUGUAACUUUCACUAUUUGCUCCCUCCUAUGUUUUCCUCCUUCCAUACUAUGCAUCCUUUUUUGGCUGGUUCUAAAAUCUAACCAUAGGAGACUGGCAGACGUCAGCUCGGUGGAGCGAAGAGAAGCGAAAAGAAGCUGCUCCCGUGGAGUACAUUUACCUUGAAAUUGCUGCUUUUCCCCCAUAAACUGCUUGCAGCCUCCCUCAGUCUGAGGCUAUGAGAGGGAGAGAAGAGGCCCAGGCUGCACCACCAUGCUACUUCUGAGACGAGGUGAUGAGAGUUUGGCCGACAAAACACAAGGUAUUUCUCUCCCGCUUCUCCGCCAUGCCUGUCAGCGGCUGCCCCUCCCCCCUUCGCAUCCAUGCUGGGGUCUGCACCUAUGCCCCCUCGCAAGGGAGGCGAGUCCGACACCUCCAUCCAGCCCUGCCCCCAUUGCUGCACUGCCACACCGUCUCACUUGGUGUCCUUCUCCUGCUGCUCUGCCUUCUUCACCUGCCCCCCACCUGUCACUCACAGAGAGAGAAGGGAGGCGGAGGAGGUGGCAGCCAGUACAUUCCCAUCCCUCCGCCCCCUCCGCACCAUAUGGCUCUACCCAACAUCCUGCGUGGCCUAAGCAUCGCUGUUGUCCUGGUGGGCAACUCCAGUGAGAUGGCACUGGCCGGUGCUCGGGAGAAGGAAGACUUUCUACACAUGGCGCCCAGCGUAGAGAUCCUGACCAUGAAUGAGACGGACCCUAAAAGCAUCAUAAAAAGCAUCUGCGACUUAAUGACGGAGCACUGGCUACAAGGUGUGGUGUUUGGAGAUGACACGGACCAGGAGGCCAUCGCCCAGAUCCUGGACUUCAUUUCGGCCCAGACCCAUAUCCCCAUCCUGGGAGUCCGCGGAGGUUCGUCCAUGAUCAUGGCUGCUAAGGAUGACGACUCCAUGUUCUUUCAGUUUGGCCCCUCCAUUGAGCAGCAAGCUUCAGUCAUGCUCAACAUCAUGGAGGAAUAUGACUGGUACAUCUUCUCCAUCGUCACCACAUAUUACCCGGGGUACCAGGACUUUGUCACCAAGAUUCGGAGCACCAUUGAGAACAGUUUUGUGGGCUGGGAACUGGAGGAAGUGUUACUUCUUGACAUGUCUGUAGACGACGGCGAUUCAAAGAUUCAAAACCAGCUAAAGAAGCUCCAGAGUCCCGUUAUUCUUUUGUACUGCACAAAAGAAGAGGCCAACACCAUUUUUGAGGUGGCCCAUUCCGUGGGGAUUACCGGCUAUGGCUACACAUGGAUAGUGCCCUCACUCAUCGCUGGAGACACUGACGUAGUCCCUGCAGAGUUCCCAACAGGGCUGCUGUCUGUGUCCUACGACGAGUGGGACUACGGCCUCGAGGCUCGUGUUCGCGACGGGGUGGCUAUUAUAACCAUGGCAACUUCCACCAUGAUGAUGGACCGAGGACCUCACACCUUGCUCAAGUCUGAGUGCCACGGAGCUCCUGACAAGAAGACCCCCAUUUCGGGCAAUCCUAAUGAAGUCCUCAGGUACCUAAUGAAUGUGACGUUUGAGGGCCGUAAUCUGUCGUUCAGUGAGGACGGCUACCAGAUGCACCCCAAGCUGGUCAUCAUUCUGCUCAACAAGGACAGACAGUGGGACAGGGUGGGCAAAUGGGAGAAUGGUUCCCUCUCCAUGAAGUACCAUGUGUGGCCUCGCUAUGAACUCUAUGGUGGGGUUGCAGCCAGGGAGGACGACCACCUGUCCAUUGUGACACUAGAGGAGGCUCCUUUCGUCAUCGUGGAAGACGUGGACCCGCUUAGUGGGACUUGCAUGAGGAACACCGUGCCCUGCCGCAAACAGAUCAAAACAUUGAAUCAGACGAAGGAUUCAGGGAUCUACAUCAAACGUUGCUGUAAGGGCUUCUGCAUUGACAUCCUAAAGAAGAUCGCCAAGUCAGUCAAGUUCACAUAUGAUUUGUACCUCGUUACUAAUGGCAAACAUGGCAAGAAGAUCAAUGGAACCUGGAACGGCAUGGUGGGAGAGGUGGUGUUAAAAAAUGCCCACAUGGCCGUCGGUUCCUUGACCAUCAACGAGGAAAGGUCAGAGGUCAUCGACUUCUCCGUCCCCUUCAUCGAGACUGGCAUCAGCGUCAUGGUCUCCCGUAGCAACGGCACCGUUUCACCCUCUGCCUUCUUAGAGCCCUUCAGUGCGGAUGUGUGGGUGAUGAUGUUCGUGAUGCUGUUGCUGGUGUCAGCAUUUGCCGUGUUCAUUUUUGAGUACUUCAGCCCCGUGGGCUACAACCGCUGUCUGGCUGACGGCAGAGAGCCACAUGGUCCAUCCUUCACCAUUGGCAAAGCCAUCUGGUUGUUGUGGGGUCUGGUUUUCAACAACUCUGUGCCGGUGCAGAAUCCCAAAGGUACCACCAGUAAGAUCAUGGUGUCAGUGUGGGCCUUCUUUGCUGUCAUCUUCUUGGCCUCCUAUACUGCAAACUUGGCUGCUUUCAUGAUCCAGGAGGAAUACGUGGACCAGGUAACGGGACUGUCGGACAAAAAGUUCCAAAGCCCCAACGACUUCUCGCCUCCCUUUCGGUUUGGCACGGUCCCAAAUGGGAGUACAGAGAGAAACAUAAGGAACAACUACCCAGAGAUGCACUCCUACAUGACCAAGUUUCAUCAGAGAAAUGUCAACGAGGCUCUUCAGAGCCUCAAAGCUGGUAAACUAGACGCUUUCAUUUAUGACGCGGCCGUGCUGAAUUACAUGGCUGGCAGAGACGAGGGCUGCAAGCUGGUGACCAUCGGCAGCGGCUACAUCUUCGCCACCACCGGCUACGGCAUCGCCAUCCAGAAGGAGUCGCUCUGGAAGAGACACGUGGACCUGGCCAUCCUGCAGCUCUUCGGAGACGGUGAGAUGGAGGAGCUGGAGUCCCUGUGGCUGACGGGAAUCUGCCACCAUGAGAAGAAUGAGGUGAUGUCCAGUCAGCUGGAUGUGGACAACAUGGCGGGGGUCUUCUACAUGCUAGGGGCCGCCAUGGCACUGUCGCUCAUCACAUUCAUCUGCGAACACUGGUUCUACUGGCAGCUGCGUUUCUGCUUCAUGGGUGUCUGCUCGGGUCGCCCUGGCUUUGUCUUUUCCAUCAGCAGGGGCAUCUACAGCUGUAUUCACGGUGUUCAGAUUGAAGAGAAAAGCAGCUCAGCAUUGAACUCCCCAUCAGCUACCAUGAACAACACUCAUUCCAACAUCUUGCGCCUCUUACGCACUGCCAAGAACAUGGCCUCUGGGGUGAACGGCUCGCCGCACAGCGCUCUUGACUUCAUUCGACGCGAAUCUUCCGUUUAUGACAUCUCGGAACACAGACGCAGCCUGGCAGGACACUCGGACUGCAAGCCACCUUACUUACCAGAAGAUAACAUGUUCAGUGACUACAUCAGUGAGGUGGAGAGGACGUUUGGCAACGUCCACAUGAAAGACAGUAAUCUGUACCAGGACCACUACCUGCACCAUCAUGGUUCCACGCUUGGGCUCAGUGGACCACCUCCCAACAGGCCCCAUAGUUUGGGCAGUGCCAGUUCCCUGGAGGGUGGCAUGUUUGACUGUGACAGCCUCGGAGGCGGGGUACCACCUAUUUUCACCACUCAGCCCUGCUCAGCACUGACCCACAGAAACAUGAGCAAGUUUGACCUUCUGUCUGGACAAACUCCACCCACUGGCCAAGGCUUUCAGAGUGGCCUGCCUGACUUGUAUGGGAAGUUUUCUUUCAAGGGAGGUGCCUCAAGUUCCACCUACAUCCCUGGGCCAAGUUACUGUGGAGUAAGAGGGGAUGACGAUGGAAAUAUACGAUCUGAUGUCUCUGAUAUUUCCACACACACAGUAACCUAUGGGAACCUGGAAGGUAAUGCAAAGAAGCGCAAACAAUACCGUGAUAGCCUGAAAAAGAGGCCAGCCUCUGCUAAGUCCAGACGGGAGCUGGAUGAGAUUGAGCUGGGCUACAGGAGAAAACCUUACCACAUCAGCCACCACCACUACCACAACCAUCGCUCUGCCUCACCACCACUUUUGCCAUCUGAACGUAAGCGAGGGGGAGGAGUAAAUAAUGACACAAACUAUCUCUUCAGAGAAAAGGAGAGCGUUAGGGACUUUUAUUUGGACCAGUUCCGCCCAAAAGAGGGUGUCCCUCAGUGGGAACAUGUAGAUUUGACCGAGGCCCCUGGGAACAGAGAUAGUGGAGUACCAACUUGCACUUCUCUGGUUCCGGUGGAGGACUUUCUCAAGAGCAAGCCCAAAAAGUCUGACUCAAAAAGUGUCGGAGGUUCCGGCUUGGCAGGAGGUGAUUGGGAGUGCAGGAACUGUCGGUCUGGAGGAGGAGUGAAGCAGAUGUCCAUACAUGGAGCAGGGGUUGGUGGUGGGUAUGGUGGUGGUAUAAGCUGUGGGUCCUCAGGGGGUGGAGGAAGCAGUCGCCCCAGCUCUGCAACCUGUAUGCGCUGUGAGGGCUGUAAAAAGACAGGAAACCUCUACGACAUCAGUGAGGACAACAACCACCUCUUGGAACAGAUUGGUGGAGGGAAAGGUGUGGGAGGAGGAGGCAUGGGUGCAAUCCUCCAGCCACAAUCUCAAGUCCAGCAGAGGAGAAAGGGCGGAGGAUUCGGCAAGCCACUCAGGCGGCAGCAUUCGUAUGACGCGUUUGUCGACCUUCAGAAAGAUGACUCGAGCGGCAUGGGGAGCAUGAUGGGAGGUAUGGGUGGAGUCGGGGGAAUGAGUGGUCCAGGUAUGGGAGGAAUGCUGCCACCUCCCAGAAGUGUUAGCUUGAAGGAGAAGGAGCGCUACAUGGAGGGCACCAGCCCCUUUGCACACAUAUUUGAGCGUCACGGAGGCUCUGAGAGAGAGAGGGAAAGAGACAGGGACCCUUCGUUUUAUGGAGGUGAGGGCCGGUUCGGGGGCCUGUUCAGAGGAGGCGAGGGUCUCCAUCGUCGCUCGGUAGGAGAGAGAGACAUGAGAGACAGGGAUAGGUCCUUGAUGGAAGGUGGAGGUGGGGCAGGAUUCUCUUUAUCCAAAUCUCUUUAUCCUGACCGUGUUAACCAGAACCCCUUUAUACCCACGUUUGAUGAUGACCAGUGUCUCAUGCAUGGAGCAAAACAAUAUUACAUGAAAAAGCAGCAGCAACAGGUUGCCAAAAACAGCCGAAGUGACUUCAGGAGCCAGAUGAGCGUGACUUCUUAUCUGCCAGCAUCUGCCACGGCCGGGGUUAUGUCGAAUGUGUCCCCCCGUUUCCCGAAAGAGCUCAGCCUGGGUGGGCUGAACCACCAUGGCUCCAUGCUUGGGGUCGGCCCACCGCGACCCUUCGAUGGAAGCAACGGCCAUGUCUACGAGAAACUGUCCAGUAUUGAGUCGGACGUGUGAGAGAUCAAGACUGGAUUUGGGAUUAGGAAUGGAAUAGAGGUGUGUAGUGUUAGGAGAUCAGGGAUGUUUUUAAAGACACUGUCCACACACUGCAUCUCUAUCCCAUACAGAGACAGGAAUUUAAGGUGAGCUAGGUGAGAGACAAGUGUGGUGUCAGAAGUAGGAUGCAAACUUGAGUAACAGAAAAAUCUAUAUUUUGCAAACAAAUCUAGGUAAAAAGAACAUCAGGACACCUUCAUGAGGUGGGGGAAUGUGACCCCUCUCACAAAUUGCCAAAGCUACUCUACUUUUAUGACCGUCACUUAACACGGCCCCGUCAACCUGGAAAAUGCACUCAACUCAAGCCUCGCUUUUCAUCCACCAGUGAAGCCGGAGUCAACACACCCGGUCAUUAUCGCUCAUCUUGAUUUGAUAUCGGACGUGUGAUCCUGGUGAGAUUUGACGGCCGCCCGAGAGCUCCCGCUGAACGCUUAUAAGGGAAGACUGCAAGAUUGGAGGGCGGCGCGAGCAGCCCAUCUGGGCCCGUGUCGUCUCAGAAACAAGACAUCGUCGCCUUGCCAGAGUGGCAACACGGAUGACUUCUCCCUGCCACCCUCUCUGGAGGGAUCUGCUCAUCUCUCCAUCUUGAACUUGUCCCACUCUUCUUCCCUUUGCCUCACGCUCCCUGACACCAAAAGAUUUGUUUGAUAUGAGAAAUACAAUCAAGACAUAUGACAUAUUAUCUUCUAGAAAGAAAAAAACAGGGUCCAACAUCAACAAUAAUAUUGUGAAUAACAAAACUGAUUGCGAUAACAUUGCUUAUAAUAUCAUUGUUUUUUUUUUUCAUUUUGUUUUUUUAUUAUUACUUUAUGUUCACUUGGUAUGAUAUUUCAUCCCUGUUUUAAGUACUGGCUGGUUGUUUAACCUACAGGCCAGAAAGACUGAACUCUUUAGUUGUCUGUAGGAUAUUGGACUUCAUAUGAGUACAGUACAUACAUAUAUUUUCUCCCUACGGAAAAAGGAUCUCAAAGACUUGUACUUUAACAUUUCAAGAUCACUCAAGUCAAGUGCAUAGAGACUUGUCGUGCGUGUUUUGUCAGAGCCUGAGAGCUGCAGAUGCUGAGAGAAAAGGACGUGCCUUAAUGGUCUCCAAUGGAAGUGUCCUCCUGUUCACAUGGUCAUGCAGCGGCGCCAAUACUUGGUGUGCUCUUCACGUUCGUGAGCCAAAACUGCAGUAAAAAAUUUACAAGCGGCUAGAGAUGCUGCCUGGCAGUGGUUUAGAUACAAGACGCUGCAGAGUUUUAUAACUUCGUAAAAAUGAUUUUAUGAACCUGUAUGCCAGUUCUAUUCAGGAUGUCCCACACUGACCCACUUCACAGCACGGCGGCCUUCUACUUAGCUUCUUUUUGAUUCAGGUUACAUGAUUAUAGUCACCACGUGUUUGGCCUCUCACUAGUGUCACAUGUGACAACAUCUAGUGUGUCUGUGGUCUUGGAGGCAAAUUGAACUUUGUGCAACGUGCACAAAAAGGGGAGAAUGUUGCCCUGUGACAAUGCUAGUCAUAAUAUGUUGAGCAGAGGAGUAUGUCUAUUUGAGAUAGGCCGCUGAGGUAUCAGCGUUGACUGAUGUGGAUAGUUUUUGUUGUUUUUUUGUUUUAAGCUGGCGAAGCCUCAUAAUUGCACAGGACCUUUACCUAGUGUAGGUUCAGGCACUCAGUAGACAUGCCUUAUCGUCCCAUCACAACCCUCCCACCUUUCACAGGAGCUGUCUGCUAAUGACUCAUCAUCUAACUGUACAGAAUAAAAAAAAAAAAAAAAGCCUCUAUUAGCUCUUUAAAGGUUUGAUCUUCAAUUAGCUGGUGGUGUCAGAAGUUCAAGGGCUGCUAGAGAUUGCGCAGGAGUGCUCAGCCAAGAUUGGAGCUGCUGGAGUGCGCGGCGUGCCGACAUCUAUCUUAUAACCUCAUCUAAAUGCACCACUGUUAUAGGUGCGUGUGUGUCGCGUGAGUGAUGAUGCAAGUCACAAUUAAAUGAUAACAGCAGUUGUUGUUUUUUUUCACAGACCUGCUGAUUACUAUUCAUAAAUUCACAGAUAAAAAUGUAAUCAUCAGAUUGAUAGAGUUAGCCUUAAAUCAAAACACCUCCCAUACAACCAUGACUCCGGAUAAAUAGACUGGGAUCUCUGGAAUUUUUAUAUGUGCACAUUUUCAGACCAACCAAUAACCGAGAAGCAAGAAGGAAUAUUGGGAACGGCAUGGAAAUAAGAAACACUUGGGUGAUGGCAUUAAGUUGGCAUUAGUAUGUUAAGCUUUUACUUGUAAAUAGUAUAUUCAAAACCACUUUUCACUUUGUACAGUAAACAGACAGACAGGAUGUAACUUUUGACGUUUUACAGCAAUUUAAGAAAUAAACUAAUUAAAAAAAUACAUGGACAAAAAUGUGCAGAGUAUAAUAAGACACCGAUAUUACUCAUCUUAAGUGAUGUAAUUCAACCUCUUUUUUACUCAUGUUACGAUAGUUUACCAAUCAGUAUAUGGAUUAUGUUAAGGCUUAUACUUUUUCUUAUUUUCAUUAAAGUGUUUGAUAAAUUGAUAAUUUAGCGUCGGUGUAGAUGUUUGGUGAUAUAAAAGGGAGACAAUUUAGUUUUAGGUCUUUUAAGUUUCCCUUGAAUUGUGUUAGAUUCUCUCUUUUUAAGGUGAGCUCAACUUGUCAUGCUUUUUCAAGCUCCAUUCAAGUAUCGACACAUUUAUGUAAUACAAUGUGUGUAUGAUAUUUGCAGAUAGAAGCAGCAUAUUGUGCGCUUUCAUUUUAGGCAGCAAUCCUUGUUCAAAUCUUAUGACAUCAUUGUGUUUUGUUUUGGGGUUUCUUUUUUUUUUUUUUUUUUUUUUUUUUUUAAACUGGGCUUUAAAGGUGAUUGCACACAGAAUUUAGAGCCAUCGUGGGCCCGGCCUAUCCUGUUCCCUUUUUAUCAUUGGGAUAGACAUCACUGUGGUAAAGAAAGAUGUAUGUACAUAUGUGUGUCGAACACACAAGUGCACACUGGACACUUUCCAGUGUUGAUGCUGUUAACAUUGCUGAGAAUUUCAGCACAAUAAUGUGGAAAAGAUCUUUGAGAGAAUUCAGUUGAAACUGAAAUGCAUUUGUGCAACCCCUUAUCAAAAGUGAAGCAUUUACUCAUUUUGAACAUUUGCUUGAGGGAUGUCAACUGUUGAUUUAUUUUAGCUCAGGUUAGUAAACUGACACUAUUAACUCACAUGCAUCGGAUUCUUGUUUUGUUUGUGUAUGAAAAGAUAACUAUACUUUGUUUUAUUUGUUUGUGUAUCAAAAGAUAACAAUACUUUGUAAUUUGCUUUAUACAUACAUUUUGUAUCCUGAGAUUGGAUUCGGUCUAUUUUUCGAUUCCUCUUCAGCUGCUUUCCACUCCCAAGACUUGACUAAUGAAUAGAAAACACAUACAUGGGCUUGUGCGCUAAAGUCUUAGACCACCAUUAGAUUUGUUGUUUUCAUAGUUCUAUAAUCAGCAUAUAUAACUAAAAUGUCAUACAGCAAAGAGCAUAGACCUCCACCAAGGCUGAACUACGUAUUAACAAGAGUGCUGUCUUUCUGUUUAUUACUGAGCAGACUACUUCCUGGUUCACAGACGACGACAAACAGAUGGGCAAUGUCAUGAUUCGGGGGCAGGACAAUUCUAUUGAUGUGAUUGUGACUCAAACAAUUAAAUUGAAUUCCUCUUUACAGAUUCUAGCCAAACUUGAACUAAUUCUUCCUUGUCCUUCGUGCCAUCCCUCUGUAAAAUGUUGUUGAAAUUGGUUUUGUAUUUUGCGCAUAAUCAUGCCAACUGUAUUCGUCCUACUAUUUACUUUUAUUUUACAGUGGUACCUCCAAAAAUUCCCUAAGGCUGGUCGACCUCCAGUUGUUGUUUUUUUCCGCAAUAAUCUUUUCCUUAGAGGACAAUUAUUACUUGAAAACGUAUUCAAACCAUUGCCAUCUUCAAGCCCGUACGGAUUGUACAAGCAAUGUGUUGUGUAAUUUUAAUUGUUAACUUUAAAUGUAAGUUAACCACUGUCAAUAAUUAUGUUGAAUGAAUAAUGUUUGAUGCAAGGGGGGAAGUCGCCUCGCAUAUACACAAGUCACUUUGCAGUUGACAUAUAAUUCAUUCCAUUCUUUUUCUUCGAUUGUUCUUUUAUGAUCGUUAACUUGAGCCUACUGCGAUUGGCUGGCAACCAGUUCAGGGUGUACCCCGCCUCCUGCCCGACGAUAGCUGGGAUAGGCUCCAGCACUCCCGCGACCCUUGUGAGGAUAAGCGGCUCAGAUGAUGGAACUUGAGCUUACACAAAAGACACAAUUGACCGCGCUUCAUUCAUUUGUACGUGAGACCAAACUGCCUUGACGCUGCCUUCCCUUACUGCGGAGACACACAAGUCAAGUCUUGCGAGAUUCACUUAUACAAGUUUAGAGCCAUAUUUUUACAGACUUUUCAUAUAAUUCCAAAUAUGUGAUAUUCAAACAACAAACCUGGUGGUGGCCUAAGAUUUUUCCACAGUACAGUGCAUUUAUUCUCCUUAUUUCCAAUAUGAUCAAACAUAGUCACCUUACUGCCGUUGCCAUGGAAGGCUAGCGAGUGCUUGUUUACGGCUAUUGUUUGGAAAGUCCAGAAGCAUGCACACGCUAUCAUUGAGCACUUCUGUUCUGUUGCCAGCAAGUGCCAGUUGGACAGUGAGCAAGCUGCCUCGUCACAAGGUUUUGUUUCCCUUCAGCCCAAAUUGGUCUCGGCCUUGCUUCUCUGCACACACGCAUGCCACAACACAUUUGUUUAGAUGGUUCAUGUUGAGAAAAACACUGUGUCCAUUUUUUUUUACAACCCAAGGUUGAACUAGGUUUGAGUUACUGGAACAUCCUGGAACUGGAGGAUGUACAUAUCACCCCCAGCUGGCAUCACGACAGGCAUCAGUGAAAAUAUGUUUUUGGAUGGAUUGUUCUUUAUGAUCUUUGCAAUCAGUAUUUGUAAAAGCACAUUGGUUUUUAGCACUUGAUUUGAUCACAAGCAGCCAGAAAGACUUAUACUGUGACACUACAUGACUCAUUUGGUGGGAAAUUUUGCAUCAUAAUAAGGAUAAUAAUAAUGUUAGAAUCCAAAUUCUUUACAGAAUAUCUUUGCUAACAUUUGACGUUUUGUUUGUUUGGAUGUAUAGUGCUACUGAUUUAUACUAAUACAUAUGCAUAUCAUUUCUAUGAAAACAAAAACAAAAAAAAGACUUCUCUUUAACUGUUCUCGUCCAUCCUCUUCAUAAUAUUAAUUAGGUGACAGAAGGGGUUGCUACUAAAUGUAUUUCACAUGGGAAGUGAGUUUACAUAGGCGCUCAUUUCCAUUUGAAAAUACACGACCUUAUUCAAUUUACUGUGGCGCAACAAAAUGUAAAAUAUGAUACUAUCAAAUGCAUACAUAAUUCUACAAAUACAUUUUGCUCUUGGGCACUGUUUUCUCUUUUUGUGGCCCUUUUCUUUGAAAUAGUACCAACUUGUUUACAUCAUGAGAACAAAAAUUACACACACACACACAAAAACUAUUUAUUGUACAGGUUGUGUAAAUACUAUUAGGGAAGACAACUUUUUUUCUAUGGAAUCAAAGUAAUCUCAAUAACAAAAAUUAACCAUGUCACGGCAAAAACUGCAAAAAUACAUACAUCACUAUGGUACUUCUUAAAGGAUAAAUACAAUUAUAAGUGCUUAAUUAAAUAAGACUAUUCUUUCUCUUUGUACAUGAACAAAAUGUGUUGAGUAUUAAUAAUAAAAUGCUAUAAGUUUCA